CGUUCCCGCCAUCACCGCAGCGCGCCGCAUGCCGGCAGCUCUCCAUCUCCGUCACCCAGAGACUGCACGGGAGAGAUAACCUGCUGCUGAAAACGUGUCCGCCUUCAAGCCUGGAAUAAGGGCUUUUGUGAGGGACACUGGCCUCAUCUGUUCGUCCUCGAUCGCAUUCAAAGCCCCAAAUUUGAGCGCCUUGUCCAGUUCGACGCACUCAUGGCUGCUGUAGUGCCCAAGAUGUCCAGCGGUGGCGCUGUCCGCAUCCGCUUCACCAGCCUGGAACUGGGCACGAGCAGAUGGAAAGAGGGCAUGUUUGAGAUCCACGAGAGGGACAACAAAUCAAAUCUAGUACUGAAGUUCAACAGUGGUGGAGCUCCAAAAAAGUUCCCGUUGAACCACAAUGUGAAGAAUGUUGUUUUGACUCCGACACACUGUCACAACCGCUUGUCAGUAACACUGAAGGACUCAAGUGUUGUUAUUUUUGAAAAAAUACCCAUAAUGGAUGCAAAAAAAUUGAAGGACUACCUUGAAGCAAUUAAGCAGGGAAAGCAAACAGCUCUCAAGACAAACCAGGGAAGUGCCAGUUUUGGAUUAGUACUUGGAAAUCGAUCAACGCAGAAUGAUCCAGUCUUAUCUUCAUCAGAAAAACAGACAACACAAAGACGGUCGAGCUUGGACAGCAAAGAAGAGAGCAUGCCACGGAAGCCGCUGGCCAGUCCCAGCCGAGUCACUUCAACGCCAGUACGCAGUGGACUAUCAGAGAACAGGAGCGAGAAGAGGAAGAGGCUAAUGAGCUCAGACAGCGACAUGACUGAGGACUACCCCAAAGAGAACGACUCCUCUAGCAACAAUAAGGCCACUUCAGACCCAUCGAGGAAGUACAUGCUCAGUUGCAAAGAGAAGUUGAAGCAAUCAGAGGAGAACAGGACUUCAGCUCCUCUGGUAUCUGCACCCCUCCAACCAUCAUCCUUCUAUGGAAGCAGGACAGGAACUAAAGAUUACUCACAAACACAUUCGUUCUUGGACAGGCCCACCAGCACAAGCCAGUCCCCCUCUGCCAAAAGAAGCCUGAUGCUACCAAACCACUCCACUCCCUUCAAAAAAGUCCGCCCAUCCCUGGAAUAUGGAGGCUGGAAUAAACAGAGACCCUCCACCUUAUCUCAAGCUCAGCCUCCUCUGCAGGGAUUCUCCAACUUGGGAAACACGUGCUACAUGAAUGCCAUACUGCAGUCACUUUUCAGCCUGCCCUCUUUUUCAAAUGACCUGUUGAAACAGGGCAUCCCAUGGAAGAGAGUCCCCCUCAAUGCCCUACUGAGGCGCUUUGCUCAUCUACUGGCCAAAAAAGACAUCUCCUCUCCAGAGGUGAAGAAAGAUUUGCUGAGGAGGGUGAAGAAUGCCAUUUCUUCUACAGCUGAGCGUUUCUCUGGGUACAUGCAAAAUGAUGCUCAUGAGUUCCUGAGCCAGUGUCUGGAUCAGCUGAAAGAGGAUGUGGAGAAGGUCAAUAAGAGCUGUAAGAGUGAGCCCAUGGCCUGGGAUGAACCUCAUGGCACACGGCUAACGGAGGAGCCGGACACCUCACGCAUAUACACUUGUCCUGUUACUGUCAACAUGGAGUUUGAAGUGCAGCAUACAAUCACGUGCAAAAGCUGUGGAGAGGUGGUGACAAAACGUGAACAGUUCAAUGACCUUUCCAUUGACCUGCCUCGCCGGAAGAAAACUCUCCCUCUGAGAUCCAUCCAAGACUCACUGGAUCUUUUUUUCAGGAUGGAAGAAAUUGAAUAUUCUUGUGAGAAGUGUAAUGGGAAAGCUGCUACUGUCACACACAAAUUCAACAGACUUCCCAGGGUGCUGAUUCUUCAUCUGAAACGGUACAGUUACAAUGCACAGUUGUCUCUCAACAGCAAGUUAGGCCAGCAGGUUCUGAUCCCGAAAUACCUCACCCUGCUCUCCCACUGCACAGAGAAUACACGCCCCCCGCUCAGCCUAGGCUGGAAUGCUCAGACAGCCCUGUCCAGAACACUGAAAACGUCCCAGUCUGUGAACUCCUCAGUGCUACGAAAAGGUUCUAUAAAGUCUGAGAACACGGGCAGUAUCUUAGGUGACUCUGAUAGUGAAGAGGAUCUAACACGGAAAGUUAAUUGCAAACGUCGGCUUGGUGAAUCCCUCCCAGAUGAUGACAGAAUAGAGGAGGUGCAGCAAAGUGGUGCAGUGGAACACACAGAAUUUACAGGUAUGAAUGAUGAUGAAAUGCUGGCUGCAGUUCUCGAGAUGAGUCGCCAUGACACCGGUCUUUCUGGGCCCCAUGAUAAUGAACCAACCAGUAGCCCUGAUACAGGCUUUGGAGACACAGAUGCUCAGGAGCUAACUCAGCAUUUGGACAUGCUGGAGGGAGACAAACAAUCGGGAGAUAUGCUGGGCUCCUUGGACCUGACUAUGGAUGAGAAUAAGGAGAAUCAGACUCCAGAUGGGUCUCAGGGUGAGCUGGACUGGGUACAGCAGUACAAUUUGGACCAGGAGCGUGAAGAGCAGGAGUUACAACAGGCCCUUGCGCAGAGUUUACAGGAACAUGAGGCAAGGGAGAUGAGGGAGGAUGACGAUCUGAAGAGAGCAACAGAGCUCAGCUUGCAAGAGUUCAACAACUCCCUUCCUGAUUUGAUGUGUUCUGAUGAUGAUUCGGGUAAUGAGGAUGCACUGGACAUGGAGUACAGUGAAGCAGAGACAGAGCAACUGAAGAGAAAUGCUGAGAGUGGAGAGCUCGCCAACUCCUUCAGACUCAUCAGUGUGGUCAGUCACAUUGGCACUAGCUCAUCAUCAGGUCACUACAUAAGUGAUGUUUAUGACAUGAAGAAGCAGUCCUGGCUAACUUACAAUGAUUUAGAUGUGUCCCGUACCCAGGAGUCCACCGUUCAGAGGGACAGGGACAGAAGUGGAUACAUUUUCUUUUACAUGCACAAGAACGUGUUUGAGGAGCUGUCAGAGCUGGAGAGGGCAGGAGGGAGCAGCGAUGCCAGCCGCACGGUCCUGCAGCCUUUAUAAGAGGCUGCUUUUUCAGGCCCGACCUGCAGCCUGGCGCUAUUGUGAUACUUGUGGUGAUGAACGGGUGAGCUGAGUCUAGGGUAGAACAUCUCUGUCCAGUACUACUGAUCACCGUCCACACACGCUCACCUACUUCAGGCACUUUCUUUUUUUCUAUUUUUUUCGUUUCUCCUUUUCCCUGUUGUGAAUAUUGUCACUGAUUGUUUCUAGAGUAGACUUCAGUAUUGAUGUUCCUCAAGCUUGUGUAGAUAUGACAGUUUAUGGGAAAAGACACAAAAAAGAAAUAAAACAAACUCAACAUACUGGGUUUCUAAAGGAAAUGAAAUUCAGCCUUGAGACAUUUGUUCUUCUAUUUUUCCAAAUCUUCCUAUUUACUGAAUAUUGCCUUUGAUAAAAUAAAGUCCCUUGGUGGAGCAGAAGCCUUUAUGCAUUAAUAAAUUCAGAGCAAAUGUCUGAGGGUCAGGGAGUGUUUGUCUCUCUUGAGCGGUUUCUUUUUCAACUUUUCCAAAAUUCUUUAUGAUCUAUUGAAUAUAAAGAUUUAUUCUUAUAUGUUUAAGGGUGGUAUGGGCAUCUGUUUCUUGUUUUGAUAUGCAGCUGAAAAUGUGGUGCAAUAUUUACUUUGCCAGUUGGCUUUUAUAUGUCUGUCCUAUAGCGAUGAGAAGGGGUUCCAGUUUAUAUUCAAGGCUUUACUGACUGUUUAUUGUUAUUUUAAUCAUAUUUUAUAAGUAUAAUCUAACAAGCUAAAUGAUUAAUGUAGCUUUUCUGUUUUUUAAAGGACACUUUUGAAGGCUUCUUUGUCAUCAACAUACACACCCAGUAAAGUACCGUUUCUUUCCACCUGUAUAGAGCUUUACUUUGUGGAUGUUGCACUUUUUUUGUAGGACAUCUUUCUUCAGAUCGAAGCCAGAAACAAUGCAUACACCUUUAGAAAAGCUAUUCCAGUGUGAUUUUGGCUCCCUGUGAGGCCAGAAGAUGUGAAUAUUUAUUUUACAACUUUUUUUUUGGGGGGGGGGGGUAAACCACUGUCUGUUAUAUUCAGUAACCUCGAACUUUUAUUUACACUUGUGUUUUUGCUUUUUUUUCCUGACUGCAUUAACAAGAGUGGGCUGAAUAGUAAACUCUGUAUGGUAUUUUAAGGAACAGUUCUCUGAAGAAACAGUGGUAUAAAAUUAUCAGUUGCUUAGUGUUUCAGUCUUUGAAUUCCUAAAGCGCAUUUUAAAAAUAAAAUUUAUUUAGAAAACAGG